AUGCGAAAACAUAUUACACUGGCAAAACAAGAGACAGCCCCCGUACUCGAUGAAGCGUCGUCGCUUAUGGAACAGAAAAAGGACGCAGAGACGAAACAGCAAUUGCUUGAUGCAUUUACAGCACACUUCAUUGUUCCAGAGGAGGACAUAAAUGCUGUCACGUUAUCGGAAGAACCGGUCGACGAUCGCUUCUUCCUUGUCUUGUCUCGACUUAAACAGGUGCACAAUGAUUGCCAGGUUUUGCUCGGCGGAGAGAAUCAGAGACUAGGACUAGAGAUCAUGGAACAAAGCUCGAAACAACUCAAUCUAGCAUAUCAGAAACUGUACAAGUGGAUCCAAAAGGAAUUCAAAUCACUGAAUCUGGAAGAUCCACAGAUCAAUGGCUCUAUUAGGCAGGCGCUGCGAGUUCUAUCCGAGCGGCCAAGUUUGUUCCAUAGCUGCCUGGAUUUCUUCGCUGAGGCCCGGGAGUAUAUCCUCUCAGACGCAUUCCAUUAUGCAUUGACCGAUGCAGCUUCAGGAGCUGUCGGUGAGCGCAACGUCAAGCCAAUUGAAUUCUCUGCGCACGAUCCCCUACGCUAUGUGGGCGACAUGUUGGCUUGGGUGCACUCUGCUGCUGUUUCAGAAAGAGAAGCUCUCGAGGCACUUUUUGUAUAUGAAGGAGAGGAGCUGGCACGGGGUUUUCAGGCUGGUAUGAGCAGCGAGCCCUGGUCCCGCGUCGACGGCGAAGAGACAACUGUAUUUGAUGGCCAGAAAGCGCUCAAUGACCUGGUGAACCGCGAUCUUAAUGGAGUAUCACGAUCUCUCCGCCAGAGAGUUGAGCUAGUAAUCCAAGGCCACGACGACGCUGUGACUACCUACCGAGUCGUCAAUUUGCUAUCAUUCUACAAGACCACUUUCUCCAAAUUAGUUGGCUCUGCUUCCAAUCUUGUGGAAGUUGUCGCUGGACUGGUCGAGUUUACAUUUAAACAUUUCGAGACUUUGAUGAAAGACCAGGUCAUCGAGGCAGAUGCGCAUACGUCGUCUCCACCGGAUGAUCUUUCUGUUCCUCAGUUCCUGGCCGAUCAACUGGAGAUACUAACGUCUCUGAUGAAAGAAUACAAUGCCUCUGUUGGAGCAGCAAGUGAUGUCGAAGACGAGGAAGAAAAUGCAUUCACCCCUGUUCUUCGAGUUGCACUCGAUCCUUUCCUUGAUAUUGCCAAAACAUCUGCACAAGAAGUGGAUGAUCCUAAAGCAUCAACUAUCUACAAGACGAACAUCCUCUUGGCUGUUCGCGGAACCAUAUCAUCUUUCAAAUUCGCCUCAGCCACUCAUGUAGGGCCUAUGUCCAGUGUUUUAGCCAAUCUGCGAAUAGAGCUCCUUGAUAUACAGCGACAGUACCUACUUGAGGCUUCGGGAAUACAGAAAUUGCUAACUGCACUGGAACCAUUUUCCCAUCAGCAUGCUCCUCCAUCUUCGGAGCAAGCUGAAGCAUCGGCAGAGACAUACAAAAAUCGCAGUCUGGCAGAAAUUGCCGAUCUUCCAGCUUUCCAGCCCGCCGCUCUAUCCACCAUUAGCCAACAGCUUGAUGACUUCCUGCCCUCGGCACUGAUGGAUGCAACAGAUAAUCUGAAACAGGUGCGCAGUCCUCCACUAGUGAAGAGCGUAACAGAGGAAGCCAUUGAAGAAUUCUGUCGUGAUUUUGAAUUUGUCGAGGGUAUGAUCAUUGGCGCCGAUGAGGCUAGGGGUACAAAAGUGGAUUUGUCACGUAUUGAGAUGGAAAGUGAUAUUGUGUCGGUUAGUGUGCGAGGUACCCAGGUGGGAGGGGAUGAUGAAGGGCGUUUGGAGACUGAAGGGAAGCAUAGCCUCAGAGCGCUUUUCCCUAGGACUGUGGGAGAGAUUCGUGUUCUUUUGAGUUGA